AUGAACAACACUUAUAGACAUCUGCUGCCGCUGGACCUUCAGCUCAAUGAAACCACCAGGGAGUCUCUGGCUGGGGAGGACGAACAGGGGAACCUGACCGGCAUCGAGCCUGGUCUGUGUGAGGCAGUCCACAUCCAAGCUGAGGUGUUCCUGACACUGGGGAUCGUCAGCCUUCUGGAGAAUAUCUUGGUGAUCUUGGCAGUGGUGAAGAACAAGAACCUCCACUCACCCAUGUACGUACUCCUGUGUAGUCUUGCUGCUGCUGACAUGCUUGUGAGUGUCUCCAACUCACUAGAGACGGUGGUUAUCGCUGCGCUGAACAGUCGGUUGAUUGUGGCAGAUGACCACUUUAUUCAACUCAUGGACAACUUCUUUGACUCCAUCAUCUGUAUCUCCCUGGUAGCCUCAAUCUGUAACCUUUUAGCUAUCACCAUUGACCGUUACGUGACCAUCUUCUACGCCCUACGCUACCACAGCAUCGUGACGAUGCGGCGGGCUGUCCUGGCCAUCGGUGGCAUCUGGCUGACAUGUGUGUUCUGUGGGAUAGUCUUCAUCGUCUACUCAGAGAGCAAGGCAGUCGUUGUGUGUCUGAUCAUCAUGUUCUUCACCAUGCUGGUGCUCAUGGCCACUCUGUAUGUUCACAUGUUCCUGCUGGCGAGGCUUCACAUCAAGCGCAUCGCUGUUCUGCCCGCGGAGGGUGUGGUGCCCCAGAGGACCUGCAUGAAGGGAGCCAUCACCAUCACCAUCCUCCUAGGGGUGUUCGUAUGCUGCUGGGCACCUUUCUUCCUCCACCUCAUCCUCCUCAUCACUUGUCCCAAGAACCAGCUCUGUGUCUGCUACAUGUCCCACUUUACCACCUACCUGGUGCUCAUCAUGUGUAAUUCUGUCAUAGACCCCGUUAUCUAUGCCUUCCGCAGUCUCGAGAUGCGCAAAACCUUCAAGGAGAUCCUCUGUUGUUUCAGUGCCACUUGUAGUAUUUUCCACUGUAAAUACUGA